AUGACUGAGUGCGAUUAAUAGCUUGUUGAAGAAUUUGAAAAGAUCAUUUCAUUAAAUACUGCAAAUAAACUUGAAUAAGUUCAUUCUAAGAGCAUUUUGGGUAUUUAGAAAGGAAUAAUAUAAUUUAAUGUUGAAGAUAAAGGUUUGGGAUAAGGAUUUAUAGUAAAUUUAGAGUAGAAAUCAAAUAAGAAGAUUAUUUUUAACAAUUCCCAUUAUAAUCCUAUUCAUAAUGAUACAUUUUUUAGCAACCUCCAAACACUUAGAUAAAAAGAAUUAAAAUUUAUCAUUGAAGAAGAAAUUAACUAACUAGAUUACGAAGUGCUUAUUGAUGGAUUUGAUAAUAAAAAUUUAAAUAAAGAGUUAGAAAAUUAGUUUACUUCUAAGAGUAUUGAUGAGUUUAAUAUUAACUCCAAGAAUCCUUUUUCUGUUGGAUUUUAGUUCAAUGAAUUGACAAACGAACUGGUUGAUUUUAAUAAUGAGAUGAUAAAUGUCAACUUUAAAAACUUUUCUUCAGAGGGAUAUACAGGAAAAAUAUUUUAGAUUGGCGAUAAAUCAUCGAACGUUGAAGACGAAGAUUUAAGUUACAAAACUAAAAAAUACCUACCAUAUAGCAACAAAGAAUAAAUAGAGUAGGAUUUCCUAGAUCUUGCAAAGAAUAUUGAUGAAUUUUGCAAAUAAAAUGAAAAAACCACUGAAACUAAAAAAAAUUCUAGAUCAGACAAAGGCAAAAAUGAAAAUUUAAUGGAGUCAGAGGCAAACAAAAUAAUUGGUGAAUAGAGAGUUAAAAUAUUUAACAAAGUAUAAGAUUAGCUAAAUAUUUAGAAGGUGCAAGAAGAAGAUUUAUUUGAUUUUGACAAGGCAUAGAAAGAAAUCAAAAGUUACUAUGAAAGUGAAGUUGAGAAAAAAAAUAAAAUCAGUCUUGUCUUUAAAGGAAAGGAAGUUAAUGAAAUUAUCGAAUAAGCUAGUCAGAGACUAUAAAUUGAUGAACUUGUCAAUGAACCUUAAAACAAUGAAGAAGAUUAAUAUUCUCUCUUAUCAAGCACAAAUCCAUAGAAGUUCUUUAAAGAAGCAAAAUUGAAGGAAACUGAACAAGUAGAAGCGCUCUUUUAAAAGAAUCAAUGGGCUGUAGAAGACAAUUAAGAUGUCUCUAUAUUCUAAGAUAAAUUACCUAAAGAAAGAAUGGCUAUUCAGUACCCAUUCGAAUUGGAUAAUUUCUAAAAAAGGUCUAUUUUGAGAUUAGAAGAAGGUCAAAAUGUCUUUGUUUGUGCUCACACUUCUGCAGGUAAAACAGUUGUUGCCGAAUAUUCCAUAGCCCUUGCAAAAAAGCUCAAAAGAAAAGCCAUCUAUACUUCACCUAUUAAAGCUUUGUCAAAUCAAAAGUAUAGAGACUUCAAAGAAAAAUUUGGAGAUGAUGUUGGUAUUAUAACUGGUGACGUCUCUUUAAAUCCUACUGCAAGCUGUCUAAUUGUUACUACAGAAGUUCUUCGUAACAUGCUUUAUAAGGGACAUGACAUAGUUAGAGAUAUCGCAUGGGUUAUUUUUGAUGAAGUGCAUUACGUAAAUAAUUAAGAUAGAGGUGUUGUCUGGGAAGAAACAAUCAUUUUACUACCUGAAUACAUCGGAUUAGUUAUGUUGAGUGCAACAGUACCUAACCAUAUGGAUUUUGCUAAUUGGGUUGGAAGAACAAAGCAAAGAAAAAUUUAUGUUCAAAAAACUUUGCACAGACCUGUUCCUUUGGAGCAUUCUAUUUAUUAUGAUGGAAAGAUAUUUAUUAUUAAAUCAGCUAAUGAAGGUUUUAACCAAGAAAACUAUUAAAAGAUAAAUAAGUAUAUUAAAGAACAAGAAAGCAAUAAGAAAAACAUUGUUAAUGCCAAAGAUAAAUUAAAACAAGAGAAAAAAGAUAAAGAAAUUUAUAAAAAUACAAAUCUUUCCUAAAAUGCCAAAGCAAAAUAAAAGUUCAUCUAAGAAAAAUUUAUUAAAUAAAGUAAUAAGACAAAUAAAAGUGGUGGCAACGGACCACUUACAGAGGCUUAAUAAGUCAAAAAUGUAUUAAAAUAUUGCCAAAAGAACGAGCUUUUACCUUGUGUGGUAUUUGCUUUCAGUAAAAAUAUUAUUAAGUAGCUCUCAGAAAGUUUAGGAAAUCUCAACUUGAUAAGUCAUGAAGAAUCAAAAUAAAUUGAAGAAUUCUUUAAUAAAGCUUCACACAAACUAAAACCUAGAGAUUUAGAAGUUCAUUAAAUUAGAACUUUGAAAGAUUUAAUGAUGAGAGGUAUUGCUGUGCAUCAUAGUGAUGUCAUUCCUUUUAUAAAAGAAGUAGUAGAAAUUCUGUUUUCUAAAGGUCUUAUCAAAGUUUUGUUUGCUACUGAAACUUUUGCUAUGGGUAUCAAUAUGCCUACCAAGACAGUAAUUUUCUAUAGUGUGAAAAAAUUUGAUAGUUCUCAAUUGAGAAUUUUAAACUCCUCUGAGUACACUUAAAUGAGUGGCAGAGCUGGUCGUAGAGGUUUAGAUUUGAAAGGAAAUGUUAUUAUUUUAGUGACUGAGCCAAAAAGACUUCCAAGUAAAAUGGAACUAACCAAAAUACUUGAUCACAAGGGAGAAAUGCUAUCUUCUAAGUUUAAAAUAACUUAUGAGCUAAUUAUGAAGCUACUUUCUUCAAGAGAACUUGAUGUAACAGAGAUGAUGAAAAAAAGUUAUAGUGAAAAUGAUAAAUAUUCUUAAUUGCCUUUUAAUUUGAAGAGAACUCAUGAGGUUUAGAAAAAAUUAAAGGAUAUUUAGUAAAUAGUAUGCCCAAUAAAACCUUUAACAAUGCCUACUCUUCCAAUAGAAGAUUUUUACUAAAUCACUUAGUAAAUGCAAUAGGCAAACAAAGCAUAUUGGUCUACCGAAACAAAAUAUCUCUAAGAGGAGUUUGCAAUUCCAAGCUAUUGCCAAUUUAUUGAUGAAGACUAUAAUGAUUAUUUAGGUUUAAUAGUCGAAUUUAUUAAGAAGGAAAAAUAUGAAAAUUAUUUUGUUGUGAUGUUUGCCUACGAAAUUUAAGACAAAAUUGUAUAGCCUAACUUUGAAAAGCUUGGAAGAUCAUGCUUUUUCACAGAAAAUAAUUACAAACCUUAUCACAUUUAAGUUCAAAAAAAAGAUUAUAUUUAUGAACUAAUUGAAUUACCAGCUAGAAUGAUUUCUAAGAUAUUUGAUGUUGGUUUCGAUGCUAAAAAGACUGGUUUAAGGAAUAAAGAUUAUUUAACAAAUUGUGCAAAUAAUUUGAUUUACAAGAUGAAAAAUACUUAUUAAGACUACAGAAUGAUUAGAAAUGGCAAAGACCUAAAAUAUAUAAAGAAUAAACAAGAAUUCUUAAAGGAUUACAAAUAAGUCGAAACUGAAUCAAAUUAAAAUGAUAAAGCAAUAUAUGAAUCUAUUCAAGAUGGAUAUGAAAGAUCGUUAUGCUUCACUUGCAAUAAAAAAAUCGAACACUUUAAGUUAAUAUCUCAAAAAAAUGAACUUUAGACAGAGUUUGAUAAUUUAAUUAAGGUUUUAGAUGAAGAUGAUUUAGCUUAACAUAAAAACUUUUAAGCGAGAUUAAAUCUUUUGAAGUAAUUAAAUUAUAUUGAUGAAGACAAUCUUCCUUAGAUAAAGGCAAGGCUUGCUAAAGAAAUUGAAAAUAUUUAUGUUUCUGAACUUAUAGUUUAAGGAAUUUUUGAUGAACUUGAUGAAGCAGAGAUAGCUGCUAUUUUAAUAGGAUUCGUUACUCAAUGCAAGAAAAAAGAAAAUGAAUCGGAUUAUGAUCCCUCUAAAGAUUAUGAAAAUCAUGGAUUUUAGUACUCAAUUAAUUUCUUUGAUGCCUAUACCAAAACUAAGGAAAUUCUCCUUUAAGUAAUUUAACUAGAAAUUGAUAAUGAGAUAAUAAUUGUUGGUAAAAUUGAAGAGGCCUUAUCUGAAAUUUUUAGUCCAGAAUUAAUGAAAGUAGCUUAUGAAUGGAUUCAAGGAAAAGAUUUUCUCCAUGUUACUUUAUUAACAGAUGUCCAAGAAGGAACUAUUAUUAGAAGCAUGUUGAGACUUGAUAAUUUGAUGAAGAACAUUAAAAAUAGUGCUUAAUACAUUGGUAAUAACUCUCUAUCGCUUAAAAUAGAAAGCUGCUAAGAAAAAAUGAGAAGAGAUAUAAUCUUUGCACAAAGUCUUUAUUUAGAAGAAGACAAUUAAUGA